GCAAACCAAUAUUGCUCUGACUUACUAACUAGCUAAACAGUAAACAGAGAGCUCUCCGUGAAUGAUGUCGAGGAAGAGGAAGAAGAAGAAGUGUGGAGCACGCUGCUGCUACCUGGUCGCGCUCUCAGCAGUGUGAAUUUCCAGAAGCAUGCUUGCCGUGCCUUCUUCCGGGUGCACCGGAGGCCGGCAUGUGAGCAGGGGUGCUUCAGUGAUGCAGAAGAAAAAAGGCAAGUCUUAUCGGCAAGGGAAGGCUACGCCUUUCUUCCAGGUCUCCCUCUCUCCAUCUAAAUCCGUGUUUGGAGGAGGGGGCUACGGUUAGUUUACCCACCGGUUUACCGUGUCCUUGUGAGUUGUGGUCAUUAUCAUGCACUCGUCAGUUGCUUGUCAUGUAUGGUGUCCUUGAAUUUUCAGCUACAUAAUGGUCGGUUGUGUCAGUGAAUGGGAGUGUGUUCAUGUGAGUCAAUUAGCUAAAAGAAGUGUGAUGUGUGGGUUCAGCGAGGGUGUAACAGUCACUGAAUAAGAAUGUAAGGGUCAUAUCCUAUAUGUAUGUAUGUCUAAUAGUAACAUGUAACAUGUGUUGCUCUUUCUUUCA